GCUCGAAGGUGUUAGGGCCAGGCACAAGAGCAUCUGCGGAGACCGGGGCCGUGGCGCUCGCAUUCAUCUCGCGCAAGCGCGGCACGGUCUUAGUGCCAUGUGCGUAUAAAGUAUGUGAUCCCCUCCCGCCACAACUUACCAUUCCAGGUCUGCGACUUCCAGGUUAUCGACGAAUACACUCAUUCAAGUCACUCUUUGACACCACGUUCACUAAGCCCUUCGGCAUACACUCACUCAACGAACAAUCCACAAAACCAACUUCGUCUAACCGACCAGUUCACUCAGUCAACUCUUCCAACCUCAACCAACAACUUCAAAAUGCGCGCCUCCACUGCUAUCCUCGCCCUUGCCGGCUCUGCCCUCGCGGCCCCCAGCUACGGCAGGCCCGAGUACAAGGAAAUCAAGAACGUACACGUCGUUUACGAGACUGUCGUUCACACCGUCUACUUCACCGGCAAGCCGGAGGUUGCUAAGCCCACCAAGGUCUCAACCCCCGUCUACGAGGCUCCUGCCGUAACCACCAUUGUCUACGAGGAGAACACCCCUACUCCCGCACCCCCUGCUCCCAGCAGCGUGGUCGUCGAGUACUCUGAGGCCCCUGCUCCUGCUCCCUCCAGCACCCAGGCGGCUACCUCCGCCGCUCCCGUUCCCACCGCCUCCGGCUACCAGGGCGUUGUCGACACAUGGCGUGCGAAGAUGGGCCUGAAGCCCCUUGCCAACGACGCCAAGCUCGAGGCCAACGCCAUGGACACCGUCGUCUCCUCCAACGGCCAGAUGGUCCACAAGCUCAACCCAGGCUCUUUCGGUCAGGUCCUUGCCCCCGGCAACGCUGACGACUUCGAGCACGUCUUCGUCGGUGGCUGGCUUUGCGAGCUUCCCGGUCUUCCCGGUCUUGAUGGUGUCUGCGCCACUGCCUCCGACGGCUGGGCUUACAACGGCCAGACCGGCCACGCUGAGAUCCUCACUGCCGACAACUACUCCAAGAUCGGUUGCGCUCUGCACGCCGGUAUCUGGUGCUGCGAUGUCGCGUAAGCGACAUGCGCAACACAGAUGAGAAUCCGGGGGCGUUGGAGGCAUCAUCUUGGCUUGGAGAACAGCUCGCAUAGCACGCGCUGGACACUUUUCACUUCUUCUUUUAUAUCGU